CUCCGUACGCAUCCCUGCCGCCCCGCGCUCCGGCCGCCCCGCGCUGCAGCGAGCACAGCGACAAGCCCCAGCGUCCGACUCGUCCAGCGUGCACGCCGUGAGGCGCCCUCAGGCAGAGUUGCCUUGCCAGUUUCGCGAGUGCCGAGUGACUCCCCCAGAACACCAUGUCCUUACAAGCCGCGCUGUUAGCAGCCACCGCUGUGUAGGAGGCCCUGUGUGAACGUGGACCCGCGUGUGCGUCGUUUUGGCGUUUUGGCUCACUUUGCGUGACUGUACCUUGCAAUCGCGCCGCGUCUCCCUCCCUGGAGUGCUCCUUCCUCCAAGCGCCGACGCCGCCGUGCCGUUUCGGUGCUGAAAAAAGUACAGUCCGGGAAGAAAAGUCAAUUUCUCGCUUGGAGGCGCCUGUGAUUUUGUGGGAAAAAGUGUUGCGGACUGUGAAGUAGUUCGACAACCUCUUCUGGAUACUUGGUUGUCACUCCCAUUUUUUCCCGUGUCGUCAUCGUCUUGGUUGAGUGAACGUGUCAAGCUGGCCAUGGAGUUCGUGGUGGACAAGCCCUUCUAUGACAGCGAUCUCAAGGAGCUGUGGGACUCGGAUCUCGAGCCGACCAUCAAUGACGUGUUCAAGACGGCGGCCGACGCCGACCUGGACUGGAGCGGGCUGCUGCAGGCCACCCCCAGCGUCAUCCUGCACGACCGCCUCAUGACGGAGGCCUCCAUCGGCCACCCCGCCGGCAUGCACGCCACCCCCAUCAAGGCCGAGCACUCGUACUGCAGCCUCGGCGAGGACACCGACUCCACCCCGGACUCGGAGCUGUCGCUGUCGGCGCGCAUGGACGACAUGGAGGAGGAGUGCUACCCCUGCAUCCCGAUGAAGAACGCCACCAGGACGCGGCCCGACUCCGAGUCCUCCGACGUGUCCAUCACCGUCAAGGACGAGCCCAUGAGCGAGAGCGAGCCCUCGUCCCCGGAGUCGUCCUGCCCCAUGUCGCCGGGAUCGCCGCCUCCGUCCUUCCAGGAGCACAAGACAAUUGCACACACCAGCAGCAGUCACCCGCAGAGCUUACUAAAGCAGCCGACGGUCCUUGUAUCAAGGAGUAGUGUGCAACAGAGCAGAGUAUCAGUUUUACCAAAGCUCAACAUCAAAGUUGAACCAGGCUUUUCUUUACCACCCACUCCUCCUUCGUCAACGACAAGUGAUAGUGAGGGCAAUGACCACCAUCCAUCCUCUCCAUCAAGCCGUCAGUCAGCACAAGUUAGCAGCCGACUACUUGUCUCACCUCCUCCCAGCACAUCGACAAGACAACCUAUCCAGACAUCACUCAUCAGCAGCCAACCUUCUCGUAUUCGUGUGUUACAGAAAGGGUCUACUGGAAUGCUGUUACUCACUGAGGAGGAGAAGCGCACCCUUUUAGCUGAAGGAUAUCCCAUCCCUACCCGGCUACCUCUCACUAAAGCAGAAGAGAAAUCCUUAAAGAAAAUCCGACGAAAAAUUAAGAACAAGAUCUCAGCUCAAGAAAGUCGUAGAAAGAAAAAGGAGUACAUGGAUGCCCUGGAAAGGAAAGUUGAGAUUUUACAAAGUGAAAACUCUGACUAUCGAAAGAAAAUUGAAAACUUGGAGGAUAGCAAUGAUUCGUUGAUCAACCAACUCAGCAAGCUUCAAUCUCUUGCUGCUCGUGCUAGCUCUGGCAACCCAAAUGCUCUGGCAGCUUUGGCUACAGCAGCUGCUACUUUUAGCUCAAGGAAUUCUGUGCGACAUUCCGAAAGUUUAUCACAUGGGUCUUUGGCAUCACAUCACAGCAGGAGCUCAGCAAAGUAGUAGCUUCCUGCAUACUGCCUUUGUAUUGCCUUCAAAAUAUGAUAAACUGGUUGCUUACGACAAGCAAUAUGGUGACUUCAAGAGAGGCAUUCACUUGUUCUCAAAGACUUGUAUCUUAUUAGGUCUUGACUACAUUCCUCUUAAUAUUUCUGUUGUUGAUUUUUUUUUAAAUAUAUAUUUUUAAAAUUUUGAGUGUGUCCCAAAAACGGACUGUUCAAGACAUACUCCAACUGUUUUUGUUGAACUCUUGCGAAUCCGGAAUGAAACAUUUCUUUUAUUUGAAAGAAACUACUUGAAAAUGAGAUUGUUACAUAGUUUUAUUGUUUCUAGUAUGUUAAAGUAAGUCAUAGUCUUAAGAGUUAUAGCUUUGAAAUUUGAGGAUAUUUAUGUAAUGAUUUAUGCAUUAAGUUUUGUAUAUAUUUUAUAUUUUUUACGCACUAAGCCUAGUUGAAUCCUUAGCACAGAAUUGGAUGAAAUGCAUUUAUGAUAUCAGUCACUGCUUGAUUGUUUGGAGUUGAUUUGUUACCAGCUCUUCUCUUAUUGUAGAGCAUCAAGCAGUUGUUUAUUUUUAAAUUUUAUCCUGAUGUUGAAAUUUUCUUAUUCUAUCCUGAAAAUAAUUUGUAUCAUAUGCAUUGAUAUAUAGAUUUAUAUAGACAUAUAUUUGAGUAAAUUGUAUUUUAACGUGUUGUACAUUAUGAACUGGAUGUUAUUGUUGUCAAGUUUGUUUGUAAUUCUGAUUUCAAUCUAUAGUACAAGUGAGACCUGAAAAAUAUCUGGGAGUAUUAAAUAUUUAUGAAUUCAGAUUUAUAUUUUAGCUGAAUAGUAUGAAAUAGAGCAUUAUAGACACACUCACUGGGUUCAUGAGUGCAAAUGUCCAUGUAACAGAAAUGUACCAAAUGCACACAUGUACAUUGUAAGCUUUGUGUUUUUUUGAGGAUGGUGGAAUAGAAUCAUGUGUUAUACUGCUAAUACCAACUGUGACAUUUGUUUUCAAUCUUAAAUGGUGUUUUGCUUUCCUGUUUGAUACGUAAAGUCUCCUGAUUCUAAAAUUAGUCCCUUUCCAGUGGUCUCAUUUUGAGGAUACUUCAUAUACUCAGAAUUCAGAUUUUAAUAUCUUCCAAGUGAAGUAUUUUAUCUGACAAAUCAACUCUUUUGUAGACUGAGAAAUCUUCUUUGUCCUUCCAAUUUAACAAGCCAUUAUCCUUAGGAAACUUUGCUAAGAAACAGUGUGAUAUUGCUUUUGCUUUUUGGCUGUUCUGCAAGUUUCCUGUGUAACUGAUGGACUUUUGACUAUGUUUGAAGUCAUUAGGAGUUUCCCAUCUUAUGUGAUAAUGUGGGUUUUAAAAAUAAGAUGAAAUUCAGUUUCUCUGGCAAUUCAUUGUUGGUAUUAUGACACAUUUUAAAUUAGAAGAUCACUGUGUGAUUAGAACGAACUUCAUUUAAGUGUGCCCUGUGAGCACGGAUUAUUUAUCAAUCGAGAGUAGUUUAAUGGCCUGAAGAUUGCUGCCCACUCUUCUUUCAUUAUUAGAGAGUUGUUGUGGGACUUUUACUUCCCUGAAGGGCACUGUAUAUGAGUGAAACUGAGAAAAGAUAUGCUGUGGAAUUUUAAAACGAAAGUAUGGUUUGUUGUGAUUCAACUGCAUUUCCUAGGUGUACUUAAAAUUGCUGUACAAAAAGCCUUAACUUAAAAGUUGCAUUUUGCAGCAUCUAAAAUUUAAAGAAAUAAGAUUUAAAGUGUGAGUAAUUAUUAAUUAGCUUUGCAUUAAGCUCAUUUAUUCUAAUUAUCUGAUCUCAUAAUUAUGGAAUAUGUGACCUUCUUAUGGUAUCAUAUUUUGGCACAUUUUAGAAAAUCUGCAUUUUUAAUAAUAGCCACAUACUAAAAUUUUGAAUGCAUCGUACCUUAUAUUACCUAAGAAAGUGGCCUUUUAUGAAAGGGAUACAAAUGUAACUAUGUAGUGCAACAUAGAGGUCAGACUAUGUCAAGACAUUGUUUUUCAGUAACUGAAAUUUUGUAUUAGUUUAUUUCAAAUGUCAUCUAGCUGUCUUUUGUGCUCCGCUUUGCUGAAUCAGGAAAAAGUUUAUUUGGAUCUUUUGGCAUCAAGAUCAUGUCAUACAGCAAUCACUUUAUACACCGAGCCAAUGAAAGUAACCAAUGUAAUCACUACUCAGAGAUAAGAGUAGCAAUUGGUUUCAUUAUUUGUAGAGUAACUAGGUAGAGAAUUGCUGUGCCGGGCUCAAGUGCAAACAGUUGAAAACAAACAUAUCAUGCAGUCCGAUGGUUGGGAUAUGAAACCGGUAACACUGUUCCCUAUUGAUUGUUUGUUUUCUGCUUUAGAAGAUUUAUUUUAUAAAAGUUAUAAAAAUGUAUAAAGUUGAAUGCAAAAUAUAGUAUGAAUUUGCAGUAUAUAACUUUUAUAAAGUUAAGUACAGUGCGAAAUAUUCUCUUUUAAGCUGUCCAGGCUUCCGCUGGUGGGAGCCUUUGUUGACAGGUGUUCAGUGUUGUGUAGAUUUUAUGGUCUGUUGUAACUGUUAUUGUGUAGUGACAUUUUUCUGCGAUGUUGCUAUCAUUGUAUUAAUGAGAGAUGCCAUAUGUUAUUGUACAGGAAUAACGAAGGAGAAUGAGAAGCUCAUAAGUUAAUAUUGUGCCUCUGAGUCAAAACUCAGUCAUUUCCUCAGUUGAUGUUACUGUACACGUAAGGAAAUGCAUUGUGCUACUUCUGUUAAAGACUUGUGACUUAAGAAGAGUUUGAAAGGAUGUAUCUAGAAUGCAUUAAUAUUUUUGUAUGGAUUGUAAUCUUAACUCAUUAGUCGUUUAUCUUUUUUAAAAUAUUGUGACACAGACAAGACGAAUUUCAAAUUUAAAAUGGUGUUACAAUUUCUGCUUAUUAAAUUUAUUGUAAGCUUUGCAUCGUAGAGUGAUCUUGCAAACAACAUUCCUUUCAACUAUUAUAUCUCUUGUUAAAAGCUAUUGCAAUCAUGUGGUUUAAACAAACUCUAUCUUAUGUAUUGUGUGUGGCACGUCAUAAUUUUAAAUGAAUUUGAAUGAAAGAAGCUCCAUGCUAUUUUUUCUUAUUGCAAUCAUACCAGUUUCAAAAUAAACAAGAAAAAAAAUGA